AUGUCUUGCAAAGUGAUUCUGAAGAUACUAAUGGUCAUCGUCAACAGUGCCAUCUUUUUUGCCGGAGCUGGGACUGUGAUCAUUGGAGUUUUGGUCGAAGUUAAGAGAAAACAAGCAGUUGGAAAACUGGAUGACAAAGAUAUUCCCCCACAGUUAGUGCAUCUGGCUAAAGCUGCCUACUCGCUUAUCGCUGUUGGGAGCAUACUCACCAUCAUAGGCUUCCUGGGCUGCUGCGGAGCCAUGCUUGAAAAUAAGUGCAUGCUCAUGACUUUCUUCAUCAUCAUCUUAGUCAUGUUUAUCGUGGAGGUGGCAGCAGUAGCAAUCCUGCUUUCCAGCCCUCAGGUAAGAGCAGUGGUGGAGAAACUACGUAAAGCAGUCGCUAAGAGCAUUGAGGAUAGCUAUGGGGAAGAUGAAACCAUCACUAAAGCGUGGGACCAGAUGAUGAAACUGAUGGAAUGCUGUGGAUACAACAACUACACUGACUUCACUGAAUCCAAGUUUGUAGAGAAAAAGUCACAGUACCCCCAGGCCUGCUGCUCUGAUAAAAAUGCCACGUGUGAUGAAGAUAAAGCAGAAUCAAAGAAAGUGAUCGGGUGUUUCGAUGCUGUGGUGCAGUGGGUGAAGAAGAACUCUGCUUCGAUCGCCGGCGUAGCUUUUUCUAUCGUUGCUAUAGAGAUCGCUGCAAUGAUCGUGUCCUUGAUACUCUACAAGAACGGAGACUAG